UCCAAAUAUAUAAAUAUAACCUAUAUAUUUCGAAAACUUGUAUAAAAAUUUAAAUUCUCCGAUUUUAUCAAAUAUUAUACUCAGAGGAGACAUGUUACUGAGUUGAACUAAGUAACAAUGAAUAUAUUAAGAAAUCGUGGUGCUAGUUUUCUGAAUCAGUUACAGUGUCACUUAAGAAUAAAUGUGUACAAUCGCAAUUUAGCACGAAAAUACUCCAAUAAAUAUGAUUUAAAUUUACAACUAAACGAUGUCUCGUUAAAUAAUUACGUAAAUAAAUUAAAUGAUGUAUAUAGAAACAUAUGUGAAGGCAAAUCUAUUUCUGAUAAUAGUAAAUACAAUUUAAUAACCACAGUAGGUAAAAUAUUAGAACGACGCGGUUCAAUAGUUGAGAACAUUAAGAAUUUACAAGAUUUAAUUGACGAUAAGGACAAUGAAAUUUCCAAUCUUGCACAAGAAGAAAAAGUACAAUUUGAAAGUGAAAUAAAACAAAUUGAUGAACAAUUAAUAGACACUUUGUUACCACAAGAUGAAUUAGAAUAUGAUUCAAUUAUUCUAGAAGUAAACUGUGGGGUUGGUGGACAAGAAGCCAUGUUAUUUGCCAAAGAGAUGUUUGAUAUGUACAGCAAUUUUAUUAAUUACAAAGGUUGGGAAUAUGAAAUAGCAGACUACCAAGAAACAGAUUUAGGAGGAAUAAGACAUGCAUGUCUACUAGUCAAUGGUAAUUCAGUAUUUAAAUAUUUCAAACAUGAGGCUGGAGUUCACAGGGUACAAAGAACACCGUCAACGGAAAAGUCUGGUAGAAUUCAUACGAGCACAGUAUCAGUUGUGGCCUUGCCUCAACCAUCAGACAUACAAAUUAAUAUUCAACAAAAAGAUUUAAAGAUCGAAACUAAAAGAGCAACUGGUGCAGGAGGGCAACACGUCAACACAACGGACAGCGCAGUCAGAAUAACGCACAUCCCGACCGGUACGGUCGUGGAAUGCCAGGUGGACAGGUCGCAGAUAAAGAACAGGAAAAUUGCUUUGGCAAAACUGAACGCUCUUUUAUAUCAGAAGGAAUUGGAGAGUCAAGUGGCCGAGACGACGGCCACGAGAAAGAACCAAGUGCGAUCGAACUACAGGAACGAGAAAAUCAGAACUUAUAAUUUUAAUCAGGACAGGAUCACUGACCAUCGAUUGCAAGGCAUGAAUAUACACAAUUUGAAGGGGUUUUUGUUGGGCGGCGAAGAACUGGAGACUCUCAUCGAGGAGCUCGAUCAUCAAGAAAGGGUGAAUGAACUUAUCGAGAUUGUAAAUAAAGAGAUUUGAGUAGAUUUGUGACUUUGGAUUAUUUGAACCUGGUGUAUUUUAUUAUGUUAGGUUGGCAGCAUUGUUUUUGUGUAAAUAACGAUAUUUAUUGAGUUUA